AUGGGCUACGGGUACGUGGAUCCCUUCCUGCCCCCGCAGCAACAGGCGGCGUACGUCGCGCCGCAGGGGGACUACGGGCAGCCGCAGGCGCAGCCGGCUCCGCGGCCGCCGGCUUGCCCGUACUCGUCGUCCGCCUCGGCUCCGCCGGUCUCCGCGUCCUACCAUUCUUCGCCUCCGCCGGUAAGUAGCCCACCUCCGGCGUCCCCUUUGCCGGAGCCAUCGCCGCCGCCUCCUGCACCAUUGCCGCCGUCGCCGCCACCGCCGGCAUUGUCGCCUCCUCCGCCAGACGCUCCCCCUCCGUUGCUUCCACCGUCACCGCUGCCAUAUCCAACCCCGUCACCGCCUCAAGCCCCGCCGCCCCCGCAGGCGACGGACCAGCCGCGCGUUCAGCCCCGCGUAUACCCAUCACCGCCACCGCCGUCCCUUCCUCCGCCGCCGCCUCCCACCGUCUCGCCGCCAUCGCCGGCUCCAUCCAACUCACCAUCGCCGUCGCCUGCUCCAGCUGCACAAGCUCCGGCUCCCGCGCGUGUUGCUGCCUAUUCGCCUCCCCCGCCAAGAAUCGCCCCUCCGCCGCCUCCGCACUAUCACGGCAAGUCGCAUUACACGCCGCACUCGCCCGUGAAGUCGCAUUCGAACUCGACCCAUGCAGCUAGUGGCAGCGGCAAGAACAUCGAGAUAUCGAGGGAAGCGGCCACCACCAUUGUAGCACUGGCCGGUCUCGCUAUGCUCAGCUUUAUUGGCGCUACCAUUUGGUUCGUCAAGAAAAAGCGCCGGCGCAUAGAGCCCCCGGCAGCACUGCCUCCACAGCAACCAGCUCCACCACCACCGCCCAAUUACAUUCCAUCUUCGGCUGGAUCCUCACUAGCUUCAGACGGAUUCUACUUGAGAUCGCCAGGGUAUCCUUUCAUGAGGUACAGCACCGGGAGCCAUGGUUUUCCAUACUCUCCAGCGGACUCUGGGAUUGGGUAUUCCCAUAUGCUGUUCACACCAGAGAAUUUGGCAGCUAUCACAGAUGACUUUGCAGAAGAGAACCUUUUGGGAGAAGGUGGAUUUGGGUGUGUGUUCAAGGGCAUUUUGCCAGAUGGUCGCACAGUCGCCGUCAAGAAGCUCAAGAUUGGGAAUGGGCAAGGCGAGCGUGAGUUCAAGGCUGAGGUCGAUACUAUCAGCAGAGUACAUCAUAGGCAUUUGGUUUCUCUAGUAGGCUAUUGCAUUGCGGAGGGCCAGCUAAUGCUUGUUUAUGAUUUUGUUCCCAACAACACACUUUAUUACCACCUCCAUGUAAGUGAAGCAUCACUGGAUUGGCGGACAAGGGUUAAGAUUGCAGCUGGAGCAGCCCGAGGGAUUGGUUACCUCCAUGAAGAUUGUCAUCCACGUAUUAUUCAUAGAGAUAUUAAAUCAUCCAAUAUUUUAUUGGAUAACAACUUCGAAGCUCAGGUUUCUGAUUUUGGACUUGCAAGGUUAGCUGCCGAUUCCAAUACACAUGUUACCACACGUGUCAUGGGGACAUUUGGGUAUUUGGCUCCAGAGUAUGCAUUGUCAGGCAAGUUAACAGCAAAGUCUGAUGUAUAUUCUUUUGGGGUUGUUCUUUUGGAGCUUAUUACAGGAAGAAAACCUGUUGAUGCUUCUCAGCCAUUGGGAGAUGAAAGUCUGGUCGAAUGGGCUCGCCCUCUUCUGAUGAAGGCAAUUGAGCAUCGGGAGUUUGGGGACCUUCCUGACCCUAGGAUGGAAAAUAGGUUCGAUGAAAACGAGAUGUUUCAUAUGAUCGGAGCUGCAGCCGCAUGCAUUCGGCAUUCUGCAGCAAUGAGGCCACGGAUGGGGCAGGUGGUUAGAGCACUAGAUAGUUUAGCAGACUCUAAUUUGAACAACGGCCUUCAACCCGGACGCAGCGAGAUAUUCUUAGAGCCACAAUCCGAGGAGAUUAGAUUGUUCCAGUUGAGGGAAUUCGGCAGCCGGGAUUGUAGCGACGAGUUGAGCCAAGCAAGCUGGAGAAGCCGAAGAGAUUUGUGA